UUUUCCUGGAGAGCGGCGGGUGUCGCGCGGGAGGAAGUUUGUCCAUCGCCGUGCUCCGUUGUCCCGCGGGCUGCCCGGCAACCGGCGAGGAAACGGCUGGCGUCUGUGCAGUGGGCGCCUGGGGACCCUCGGAGCGAGCGGGCGCGUGAUCGAGCUAAGGCCGGCGACCCUUCUCCGCGAACUUCGGACACGGAGUGCAUGAGUCAGAGAUGGCUCUCCCCACGUUGCCCUCUUAUUGGUCCAGCCGGAAACACAUGGAUCUUCGCCAGCGCCAGCAUCAGCAGGAGGACCAGUUUCGCCAGCAGUGGGAACAGAACAGUCGCUAUUUCAGGACCUGGGACAUCCACAACUCGAAACAGAUCGAAUGGAGCUCCAAGAUCUCCUACCAGCGGAGCAUGCACGCCUACCAUUGUGAGAAGAUGAAGGAGGAGAAGAGGAAGAUUCUGGAGCUCCGGCGGGAGAGGCUCAGAGAGCUUCUCCUGGAGGAACAGGACUUGCUGGCUGCGGAGCUGGAUGAGCUCAGGCUGAGCAUGGGCCUGCGGGAGCAAAGGCUCCGCGAGCAGCACCAGGACCUGAAGUCAGCCCGAGAAGAACAGAGGAAGCUGAUUGCUGAACGACUUUUAUAUGAACACUGGAAGAAGAACAACCCCAAACUUCGAGAGCUUGAGUUGGACCUUCACAAGAAGCACGUGAUAAAUUCUUGGGCAACACAGAAAGAAGAAAAAAAACAGCAAGAAGCCACAGAGAAGCAGGAGAACAAGCGGUUGGAGAACCAGUACGCAGCAGCCCGCCGGGAAGCCGAGGCGAGGAUGAGAGUCGAGGAGGAGAGGAGGCAGCUAGAGGGGCGCCUGCAGGCCGAGGCGCUGCGCCAGCAGAUGGAGGAGCUGAAGCAGAAGGAGAUGGAGGUGAGCGGGAGCCGCUUUACACACUGCUCUAACGUACCUGGGAAUGGGGGCAUUUCAAAGGCCAUUCUGAAAAGAUCACAGCGGGGGUGGGGGUGGGGGGGGGGUCUGUGAACCCGAUCCAGCCUGUGUUCUCUCUUCUCGCAUGUGCACCCCAUUCAUGGUUCUACUGAGAUGCUCCACAGUGUGCCUCGGACUUUGGAACAUUAUGGUCUAAGACAUACCUGUCCGCUCAGAUGACACACCUCGCCAGGGCCUUUUCGGGGUUUUCCCAGUGGGACAUGGUCUAGCACCCAACACACAGCAUUCCACUAGUAACAGCUUUGGGUCUCGGCAACCAAACUGAAGAAGGAACAGGAGAACCUGCUGAGGCAGCGCUGGGAGCUGGAAAGGCUGGAGGAGGAAAGGAGGCAGAUGGCCGCCCUCCGGCGCAAGACAGAGCUGGGGCGCUUCUUGAAACAUCAGUACAACGCGCAGCUCAACAGGCGCACCCAGGAGAUCCAGGAGGAGCUGGAGGUAGAUGGGCGGAUCCUGCAGGCCCUCCUGGAGAAGGAAGGCGAGUUGCAGCAGGUGGAACUGGCCAGGCGGGAGCAAGCCCGGGCCGAUGCGGCCUGGAUGAAGCAGGUCAUCGAGGAGCAACUGCAGCUGGAGAAAGCACGGGAGGCAGAGCUGCAGCAGCUGCUGAGGGAGGAGGCCAAGGAGAUGUGGGAGAAGAGAGAGGCCGAGUGGGCCCGAGAGCAGGUCGCGCGGGACAGACUGAUGAGUGAGGUUCUGACCGGGAGGCAGCAGCAGAUCCUGGAGAAGAUUGAACAGAACCGGCGGGCACAGGAGGAGACCCUCAAACACAGGGAGAAACUCAUCAGGAGUCUCGAGGAGGGGAAGCAGUUAGCUCAGCGAGCCAAGGAGGAGAGUGAAGAGCUGAAGUUGGCCAGGAAGCAGGAGCUGGAAGCCCAGGUUGCAGAGCGCCAGGGCCAGGAAUGGGAAGCAGCCCGGCAGGAGGAGGAGGAAGAGGAGGAGGCCAGGCAGGCGGAAGAGCACUCCAAUGCUUUGCUGCAGCAGGAGGCGAAGACCAUGGCAGAGAAGGGCUAUCAGCCCAAGCUUCACGGACACCUCAGAAUUGCUUGGGACUGACGUUGAGCACAGAGAAGCAAACCGACUCACUACCGCUCCAGACAGUUGUACGGUGUUGGUGCUGGCCAGUGCUCAGGGUGCUGCUAGCUAGUUGAGCCAUACCUGUCAGGCACAUCAUGGGCCAUAGAUGUCAGGAUGCCAUGGGUGUGCAGCGUCCCCUGAGAGCCCUUCUCACCCCGACAGGCCUUGGCUUCAGUGCCACCAGAGAUCAGGAAUGCUUUAUAAGUACAUGUUAGAGUUAGUCUAAGAAGAAGUCAUGUUCCCUGACAGACAGGAGUACCAUGACAGGAAUACGUAGGUUCCUCUCAUCUCACCUGUAGCUGUCAGCUCAGGGAGGACCAGCCACAGAGAGGAGGGAGCUGUUUAGGUUUUCAAAUUGCUGUUCAGAAGUUAUUCUAUUGAGGGCUCAUAGGUCUUGGUGCAGUUAUUGCCAGUUAUGAGCUGUGUAGCCCCAAGGCCCAUGUGUGUACUGUGGAAGAGCUGGCAGUCUGGAGAGCCGGUGACAAAGGCGCCCUUGUUUGGAAGUGUUGUGAGGGCUACCCCUAGGGGUUGGGGGUUCUCAGCGUGGAGUACUUAACCUUCCACUUGUGUGGUCCUCUGCCCAGCUCCACACCACCAAGAAGAAAAGAAUCCUACAGAGCACUUGAGCCCAACAUGUGCCACCCCGAAAGAGUCCUCAAGGUCACUUGGUUGGCUAGCCGACAAAGGCAGAGGCUUGACUAGGGACCUCCUGUGUCUGUGGAAGCCCAGUGUGCAGCCCCAUGGGAAUUAAGUGCCCAGAGAGACAUGUGACCCUGGAGAAAUGGCAUGAGACUCGGAAUCACAGAUGAGCUUGUCCCCACUGUUAGAUCCCAAUACAAGUGGCCAUGGGUCCUCAUGGCGACAGUCGGGUUGUUAUGGCUUGUAUCUUUCCGUAGCCUUCCUCGAGUUGGCUUUCACCCCUAUAUUCCAGAUUCUGCCCACUCUAGCUGAAUAUACGGUGUUGUUCCUGGUUAUGGGAACCGAGAGUUUGCCUGGGCUCUGAGGGCUGUAUCACUUCCCUUCCAUCACGGAACCGGUUCUCAGCCUGUUUCAUUUCCUGCUGAGGUCCUUGGAUGUGGCCCCCAGCUCUGUUUCCACUACACAUUUGUGAGCACUCGCCCUCGUCAAAUGCUCACUAACUGAAGUAAAGCUCUAUCUCAGUAUCA